AUGGCCACCAGCGUGCAACCUCCCCAUCAACAGCAACACAUCUCACAUCAUGCCCCGCCAUCGCUAUCACCACAUCCCGAAGCCCCGUCACAGCCACAGACCCAGUCAUGGGCCGCCUGGCUCCUGGACGCCUACGCCACAACAGCGACCUCGCCAUCUACGAACGACUUCCCGCACGAACAUGACGAUGAGCAUGAUAGCCAUCCCGAGCAGACAGAAGGCAGAUUGCAUCCAGUGAUACAACGCCAACAGCAGCGGUGGUUCAGCGACUCUGAUGCGUUCAAGCGCUCCUCUACGAGCACCGUCACAGCCAUGUCCUCUGAUCGAUACACACCACAGCAGCAAAUGAUGACACUGCAGGCCCAGACCAGUGGAGAGCAGUCUCGGCAUCAAAAACAGCCCUUCACACGUACUGGUCGAGGCGGAGCUGGCAACUUCGUAUGGGGCAGUCUCAACACCGGACGAGCGAGCGUGACAUCAGCGCCCUCGUCAAUCAGCUCAGCCCAGGAUGUUAUUGGCACGGGACAGGGCCCCUCACUGGCGCAGCGAAGAGCAGCAGCGAAGAAAUUGCAAAGACUGGACAAUGUGAGGAGUGUCGGAAGAGGCGGAGCAGGCAACAUUCACAUCAACAGCGCAACAAGCCCCGGCGUCAUCUCAUCAGCGCGAAGCCCGCUCAGCCAAGGUCAGCGCUUUUCGAACGACACACCCACAUCGUCUGCACGAAGCGUGAGCACACCGACUACGACCAAUACCACUACGCCCGCCACCACCACCAGCGAAACCAGCAGUACAAGCUAUGCAUACGGCAGAGGCGGCGCAGGCAACCAGUUGCGCGCAGAAGCCGAACGUGCGCAACAGAAGCAGGCUUUACACGAGCAGGAGCAACGAGAAAUGGCGGAGCGGAGGAAACGGAUUGAGCAGCAGGUUGAUGAGUGGCUGUUGCCGCCACCCGUGGCAAUGGUUCCUGCUGGUGCUGUGGGGCGGAGAGGGAGUUGGGGUUCGUGA